AUGUCACAUCCAUACAAACAAUUACAAUGGAAAGGAUCGUCGACUCCGCGUGCCAAAGCCGUUCCGGAGGCCUUGUGGGAAAUGCACAAGAAUGAAUUGUGCGAGUUAUAUAAGAUGAUGACGAUUGACGAAGUAAUGUCACAUAUGAAGACCAGACAUGGUUUCACGCCGUCCCACCGUCAAUAUGUUUCUCAAUUCAAAAAAUGGGACAUCAGAAAGAAUCGUUCAGAGAAGAUGGAGGUAGCACCAACACACAAUGUUUUGGAAGUUCCAGAUUCAGUUGUGCAUCAGCUCCCUGGAGACGACUCAUCUGUCUCUCACAGCGGGUCAACUGUGCAUGAGUUUAGUACUAAGCGGCCACGACCCCCGAGCACGAAAGAGCCAGUCUUGCCUCCAGUCAAAAAACAAAGAACAGUUUCAAGCUCUCCACUGCUAGACUGUACGGUCUCAGACAAACAAGAGCAUUCUGAAACAUCUGAGGUACUAAAAGAAAAGUCUUGUUUGCUGGAGAAUGCCACCUCUGUGAGACAAGAUCAGCUGGAUACUGAAGAACAGUCAACUUCAGAGUCGCGUUCUAUAAACUCAAGCACCACUUCAGGAACCUCAAAGCGACGAGAAAGUUUGGAAACAUUCAGCCCAACGGCAAAAAGUCCGAGUUCAUGUCAUACCAUAGAGAGUAAAACAUCGACCCCGACAAUCAAGACUUUCGCGCUUGAUAAUCCAGCAAAGCUCGAUCUUGCAUUCCUCUUGGAUCUACUCGAAGAUUCACGGGACCAACCACUCUGGACUUGGACAGCCAGAGAUUAUACAUACGAAAACUCCCUUCAACCGAAAACCGGGCUUGAUUGCAGUCGUCUCAUUGAAGAUUUCGCACCAAACGAAUGGGAUGAUAUGAAGCUUGCAGCAGAUCUGCUUUCCUGUCUGGGUCUGAACGAAGAUGCAUUUGUGUUAUAUGUGCUGCUUCUGAGAAGGGUGCGAGAUAAGGGACUCAAAGAGAGUAGUCAAGGUAAGCUUGGGCAUGCCGCCGUUUUAUGCGCCAUCUCGGCGACCACCAAGUCUCAGAUGGAAGUCUCUCAAAACCUGCUAGAGCACGAUCCAACUAUCUCAGACCAAGAACGCAAUUCGUUCCGCAAUCUUCUUUCAGCACUGCUUCUCGAAGCCCCGGCACUAGCAUUUAUCGACUAUGAGGACAAUAGCCGUCCAAAAACGCCACUUUCCAUCCAAAACCAGGUUCUGGAACCGUCUCCAUCAACAAUACAAUGGUUCGCUUCUCCUGGAGUACAAGUCAACUUAGGAAACAAGAGCCCGGCAGCCAGGCGAAUGGGUUUCUGUAUUGUAUGGUGCACAGCCGUACUGUGCUCCACGCUUUUGCGGCCUCGCUCCCAAGCCGCCUACCAGUUUAGUAACUAUUGUUUGCAGACAGGUUCGCGCUAUCACGCCUUCCUCUACGCUUAUUUGUGGCAGUGCUACCUGAUGAAGGACUUAUACGCGGAGUAUGACUUGUGGAAAACAGACGCCGAGGCAGAAGCUGCAAUUUCUGCUUCCGAGCUUCUCUUCAUAGUAGUCGACAUGAUCUGUGACGACAUUUCCGUUGUUCAAAAUAAUGUGUCCGAGGUGGAAUUUGCAAAGCUAGCUCGAGCUGGAGCCACAAAGCUGUUCAACGCGUUAUAUUUCGGAAAACUAAGUUCUGAAAGUCUCAGCGUUCUUGCAUCAAGGAAGAGCUACUUUGGAAGACUUGCGGUGUUGAAAAGGAUCUCCUUUUCGAAGGACGCAGCAGACCACCGACUUUGGAGGGCACUUGGAAGAAAAUUUGUAGAGGAGGCAUUGAAUGUGAAACUACAAGACAUGUCGGCUGUGGAGACACCAAAUCUCCCUUUCGAGGACCAGGAGCAUAUCAAAAGCCCGUCUCAGGACGGGCAUACGCAUCACUUAACCCCAACAAUGGCAUCUUCUCUUCGAUCGUCGCAGGUGUCAUCAUAUCGAAGACUAAAAAGCCUGCGCGCGAAGAUUCAUCAAACCAAGAAAUGGCCUUCACAAGACUCAGAAAGCUCCAAAAUACCUUCCAGUGUCUUUCAGGACUCUUCACAAAUGAACGAAAGCCGCUGGUCUGUUGAUGAACUAACAAUUUCGUAUGCAAGCUCCAUGAGUAUAUCGUCAAAGUCUAUAGCGGGUUCUUUGCGAAUACCACAUCGUCCGAAUCGACAGUCGUUCCAACCAUCUCUAGAUAUGGAAAUGGUUCUUGAUAUGGAACUUACGAUAUGA